CCAGCUGACGGGGUGACUUCGGGAGUAAACACUAGGAAACUUGACUCAUUUUAGGCCAUUUUGAGUGUUUGUGAGGGGCCAUGGAGGAGGGAGAGGGCGCGGAGGUGUUCCUGGAGGGAGCGGGGGACGGCCAGACACUGCUGCUGUACUGUGAGGGGCAGCAGGGACAGGGAAAUGAAGCGCCACUUGACCGGAGGCAGCAGGACAGGAGUGAAAUGAUGUGGGUGGUUGGCAGUGGCAGUGGUGGUGGUGGUGGUUGUGGUAGUGGUGGUGGUGGUGGUGAUGGUGGUGGUGUGGUGUUGUCAGAAAAUAUGGGUGACACUUUCCUCCUCCUGGCUGACCAUCUUGACCUCCUGGCGACCUCUGCUGAUCUCACACACUCCCAGGAUGCAGUUCAAAACGUGACAGUUGGUGAAGAACUAACAAGAAAAUCAAACAACAAUAACAACAACAACAACAACAACCAGACACACACACAAACACACACACAAACAGUCAUACCAUGUGCACCAAAAACGUACACAAACCCAAGACACACACAUACCACCCCCACAAAAACGCACAUGAAGGCAAAACGAACGUACACACACACAUAUGCAUACACGGACUUGGAGAAACAGACACAGGCACGCACACAGGGACUCAAACACCAGCAGACGCACACACAAACGCACACACACUUGGGGGAUUUGAGGGCUAAACUGAUGUCAGGAUCCAAAUCUUCUAUGGACGAGGAGGAAGAGAAUUUUGACGAGCCGUUUGAGUCGUUUGAUGAGCCGUUUGGAGCGUUUGUGGGGCCUUCAGUGCGCUGGGCUAGUCAGGCACCCAAAAGCUACAGAGGUGCCAAGUUCAGGGAGACGCCACUGCAGAGGAAAGGAGCGAGGAAGGUACCAGCGAGGGCGGACACAGAUGGGGAGACGAGUGGCAUGGGUUCCUCUGUGGAUGAACCAGUAGAGUCCUCCACAGAGUCUGCCUCAGAAGCCCCUCCCACCCCCCCGGCCUUCAUCCAGCCCCGCCCCUCUGCCUCCAGGGGCCCCACCUCCUCCACCUCACCCACUGCUAUCAAGAAGAAGAGAGGAGGAUGGCCCAAGGGGAGGAAGAGGAAGCCAGAGUUACCAGGAGCCAAGCCACCUAAAGCCCCACUCACUGCCUAUGUGCUCUUCCUCAAUGAGAGAAGGAAGUUUUACAGGGAGACCAGGCCGGAGCUUGGUUUUGGAGCGGUAACCAAGGUGCUGGGGGCGGAGUGGUCAGCCCUCAGCGUGGAGGAGAAAGCAGCAUUUGUGUCUCGCUCGGAGCAGGACAAACGGAGGUACAGGAAUGAGCUACAGGCGUACAGACAGUCACACGAUUACCAGCUGCUGCUCAGGAAGAAGCGGAUUAAGAAUGUCAUCCGCCGCGGUGGGACGACGACGGAAGAGUCAUCCGAUUUCACCGACGAGAUUGAUGAUGAUGACAGUGAGGAGCUGUACUGCAGGAUAUGUGACCAGCUUUUCACCUCGCUGCACAACAAACGAGAACACCUGUAUGGCAAGACUCACCUCCAGGCUAUCACCGGGGAGUACCAGCGGGAGAGACUGGCGGAGGAGGAGCGGCAGAUGGCAGCGGCUCUGAGGCUGCGGCAAGGUGGGGGGGACUGUCUUACCUGUGGGAAAGGUAAGGGGGGGGGAUGUCCCACAUCAACCCACUCACCUGUGCUAGGAAAGUCUUCUCUUCUCUUCUCUUCUCCUCUUCUCUCCUCUCCUCCCACUCUCCCCCUGCCCCCAACAGGACUGGAGACGGCCCCCAGUGGCUGCCCCUCCUGCUCAUCCCCCUCCUCCGACCCCCAUCCCUCCCAGGAAGAUGACCACGAUGGAGAUAAGGAAGAUGAGGAGGAGGAGGAGGAAGAGGAAGAAGAGGAGGAGGAGGAACAGAACAUAGGAGGAGUAGGAGGAGGAAAUAUGUCAGCCUUCUCUCCACCUCCUCCUCCUCCUCCUCCAUCUACUACUACUACUGCUACUACUGCUGCUGCUGCUGCUGCUACUACUACUACUGCUACUACUACUACUACUACUGCUACGACUUCAGAAAGCUUGACUGCUGUGUUAGAAGGGUUAAUGACCAGAGUUGUUGAACGCGAGGAGGAGAUCCAUGCCCUCCGUCACAGCAGCACCACAGCAGCCAGGGCCACACAGCAGCUGCAGGAGACCCUAGCAAGCCUUCAAGCACAGGAACAACAGCUGGGGGUCAUGAAUGAGGCAUUGAAGAGACACAACACUCAAUUAAAGUCACAAGCUGAGGCACUGUGGCUCCUCCCGGCCUUGUUUGGUGUCACUCCCUUGCAGAUGGUGGAUGUGGCACUGCGCUCUGAGGGGCAGUGCCAGGGGGAGCCAACAGGGAUGGUGGAAGAGACAGGGGUAGAGAAAAAGGAGGAAUUAGAGCAGGGGUUAGAGGAAGGAAAGGGUGGUGAUGGUGGUGGUGGUGAUGGUGGUGGUUUUGUGGACUUGCAGCUACAUGGUGAUGAGAAGAUAAUGUUUGGUGGUGAAAAUAACGGGUUUUUAAUGCAGCAACAGCAAGAGGAAGGUAAUGAGGUGUUUAAUGGUGAAAGUAAUGGGUUUAUAAUACAAGAAAAUGGAGACAGUGAGGUAUUUAGUGGUGAAAAUAAUGGGUUUAUAAUACAACAGAAUGAGAAUAAUGAAGUUUUUGUGGGUGAAAAUAAUGGCUUCAUAAUACAACAACAGCAAGAUGAAGACAAUGAGGCUUUUAAUGGUGAAAAUAAUAGCUUUAUAAUACAACAAUGUGAAGAUAAUGGGUUUCUGCACCUACAAGAGCAGAAUAGAGGUAGUGGUAAUGGGUUUUUGCAUCUACAACAACUACAACCAUUCAGGGAGGGUGUGGUGGUGCAAGAAGAGGGACUAAAACAACAACUAUUACUACAACAACAACAACAACAACUUUUGAUUCAAGAUAAGGUCGUACUACAAGAAGAGGAGGAGCAACAAAUAUUAGUACAGGAUUGUGGUGAUGAAAUAUUGGUAGGAAAACAACAACUAUUAAUACAAGAGGAGGAAAUACAACAACAACAACAACAACAACAACAACAACAAUUAAUACUGCAAAAUUAUGAUGGUGGUGGUGGUAGUGGUGGUUGUGGUGGAGGGCAGCUUGUGAUAGUACAACAACAACAAUUACAACAGCAACAACAACAACAACAAAUAGUACUACAACUCAGAGAAGAAGAGGAGGAGGAAGAAGAGGAGAAGGAUAAGAAAGAACUUGGAUUAGAAGAAGAGGAUAAAGAGGAAAUUGAAGAUAAACUACGAUUAUUACAACAGCAACAACAACAACAAAUACAAUUUUUAGAAGGAGAAGUGGACCAUCUUUAUCUACAACAACAAGAGGAAGAAGAAGAAGAAGAAGAGGAGGAGGAGGAGGAGGAGGAAGAGGAAAAAGAACUUACAGCAAAACAGCAACUACUACUACUACUACAACCACAAGACACAACACAUCACCUCCAGCAACACAAGAACAAGGGAAGAGAAGGAAGAGGAAGAGGAGGAAGAGGAAGAAAAGAAGAAGAGGAGAAAGAGAAAGGAGAAAAUAGAUACAAAGACAACAUUUUUACUUCUGCCAAACCAAACCAAAACAUUUCACAGCAAAACAGAGCAAUGCAAGCCAACACAAGGAAAACAAAGCAGGAAACAGCAACACAGCAGGGAGACACAGCAUUUAAACAGCAGUGAAGGAAAGAAGGACAAGCAGGAGGAAGGAAAACAACACAGUAGAAGAACACAGCAUUUUAACAGCAGUGAAGGAAGACGAAUGCAGCAUCUGAACAGCAAUGAGGGAAAGCAGGAGGAAGGAAAACAGCAGCACAGCAGGGAGACACAGCAUUUAAACAGCAGUGAAGGAAAACAGGACCACAGCAGAGGAAAACAGCAUCUAAACAGCAGUGAAGGAAGACAGCAAGACAGCAGAAUAGCACAGCAUCUGAACAGCAUUGAAGGAAAACAACAGAAAAAAACACAACAAAUAGAACUAAAGAAAAAUCAAGGAAAACAAGAAAAAAAGGAAUAUUUAAAGUCUCCUGGUGUUUUGAAGGAGAAAAAGCAAGGGAAUUGGAUCCUAUUACAGCACAAGCAGGGAAGCAUAAGGGAUCAGAACCUAUUACCUCAAGCCCUUGAAUCUCCUCUCUUAUUCAGUGGUUUUGACUUCCAAGAGGAGUUUUUGCAUCACAACCUUAUGGAAUUGAAUGCUGGAGAGGAACAAGGGGAUCGGAACCUCUUGCUGCCGGAUAACACAUUAUAAUGAAUGUGGUGGUGGUGGUGGCGAUGGUGAUGGUGGUGGUAGCGGUGGUCACGACAGCUGAGGCACGCCCCUUCCUCGACCGCCAGGAAAUAACCAGCGGAGACUCCUUCUCGGGCUUCCUCCCCCCAGGCGUGCCCAGACCGAAUCCCAGCCUAUCCCACCGCUCCCCGCCCCGGAAGAAGACCCGCCGCCCCCCCUUCCCCGUCCCCCCCAGGCACCAGAGGCAGGGAGGGGUGAAGAAAACAGAGGAAAGAAACUUAGCAGGAUUUAUGAAGUCCAUUAGAAAACUGAUUAGAGAGGUUGUCUGAGAGAGAGAGAGAGAGAGAGAGAGAGAGAGAGAGAGAGAGAGAGAGAGAGAGAGAGAGAGAGAGAGAGAGAGAUUGUUCCUGUUUGUAAUAAUUAUGUAACUAUUCUUACUACUACUACUACUACUACUACUACUACUACUACUACUACUACUACUACUACUACUACUACUACUACUACUACUGUUUAUCGUUUCCCUAUAGUUUUACGUUGAAAUAGUCGUAGUAGUAGUAGUAAUAGUAGUAGUAGUAGUAGUAGUUGUUAUUGUUGUUGUUGAUGUAUUACUAUUGUUAUCAUUUAUUAUAUAUUUUUAUGUCUUUGUAUGUAUAUGUGUGUGUAUCAUAGAGAGAGAGAGAGAGAGAGAGAGAGAGAGAGAGAGAGAGAGAGAGAGAGUGUGUGUGUGUGUGUGUGUGUGUGUGUGUGUGUGUGUGUAUUUUUACUUCGUUUAUUAUUAAGUCAUACAAAUUAAUACGAUAAGAAUGUCAGAGAAUAAAAAACAUAAAUGAA